AUGCUUCUCACCCUUCCCGUCGAGCUGGUCCGGCUAAUUCUUCGAAGCUGCGAUCCUCCGUCCUACCUGCAGACGGCCUUUUGCAACCGCCUUCUUUUCGGCAUUGCAUCACAGAGCCGUGAUCUGGUCCUCCAUCAGUUGCAUCAGAGCCCCGGUCGGAAUGAUGGCGUCGAGUCUCUUACCACAGAUGAGCUGUUCCGAAACCUGAUGUUCCGAGCCUGUCGGGAGUUGUUUGGUAUUGAACAUGAUGGAGAUCGCAAGCUGUUCAAUUUCCAAGGCCAAGUGAUUGACGGCCGAGCAUCAACACUAGGAACUGUAGGGACGCAGGGCCAAGCGCUGCUUGCCUUCCAAGGCCACGGGACAGUCUAUCUUCUCACGGUAGGUGAUCAAGGCUUGAGCCUAAGAUGUCGAGUCGAGUCGCCUGCGAAGCGCUUUGGAGCCGUCCAGGUCCUUCAUACCGCCUUUGAUCCUCACGGUAUUUAUGUACUUCAUCGAGUCAAACCAUUCAUUGAUCGAGAUUUGGACACCGAGCAUCCUUUCGUCAAACGUGCUUUGGAAUCCAAUGCCCAUGGGAACAUGUUCCUGUCCUACCAUGCACUGGGUUCCACGACGCAAGCCAUCCGGCUCUAUGCCUUUCCUAACCACCAAGAUUACGAGCCUCUUGCUCUGGCUGUCCACGAGGGAAAGUUUGCCAUAUCGUGGCAACACUUGAAUCAUUCCCAUGACCAUCAAGUGGUACAUUACGAUGUGUCUUACGGAAACUAUGACAGAGAGGGUGAGGACGACAAGCUGGAGAGCCGAGGAAUGGGUGGUCCUCAAAUCAUCUGUUCUCCCUACGAUUCUUACGUCCUCACAGAGGUGAACGACGAGGGGCCUAGCGACGCCGCACUGGAAGGAAAUGGACCAACUGUGAAGUUGGCCUUCAACGAUCGAGGCUACCAAAUGCUUCACUAUUACAGAGCUCAUACACUCUAUAGCUCUUUUCAAAGAAUCCGCUUUCUCCCGGGGAUGGGCGAAUACCCUGGCGUGCGCGACAAUGCAUGUAACGUGCAGUUUUCGGACUCACUCACUUUGAAUUUCUCAAUCGGAAUACCCUUUUUCGGUACCCAUCAGCCCGAUGCCGAGACUCAGGGGCUUCGUUGUCGUUGGAAAUACCUCGCACUAGGGAUUGCGACUCACAGGGUGGAACAUUGGACCAUAGCAUGCCUGCUAAAGUCCGAAGCGGCCUGUAUGGCUAUGACCUGUGGGCAUGUCCUGAACCUUGACCGUGGGAGACGGUAUGACUCUUGGAAGAUCAUGGCACAGCUUGGAGGAUUCCAAGAAUCGAGCACUUCGCACGGAUCUCUCAUUGCCGCCUCGGCUCGCGGCACGCGUAUCGCCAUUGCUAGCUGGAAGACUGUUCACAUCUGGUCAUUGGAGCCGAACGUGGUGAUCGAAGGCGAGGACGACUUCUACCCGGAAUCGUGGCAAUCACCCUACGGCUUCCCGGAAUUGAAGCCCGCCACAGUCCAACUCGAGGCCGUUUGCCACCAACUGCAGUUCACGGAUAAAGAAGACGAGCUCGUUGCCAUCACUGACCGAGGGCUUCUGGUCAUGAGUCUCAGGCUCAACGGGAAGGGACUACGGGUGGUUCAUACUCAAAGAGAUUGGAUCGUGGAUGAGGAGAUCGGGCAAACUGUAGCUAGAUGA